AUGGGAACAGCCAACUCGUUGAAGAACGCAAAGGGAAUGGACGGGCGGCUGGAGGUGUCUGUCAGCGAUGGUGGGCGAGUGGCGCUGUUGUCGGUGCUGGAGCCGCCGCACGGCGAUGAGAUCGAGGUCCUGGCUCUGCUCCCAGUGGCGCUCCAUCCCAACGCGCCGCGGGAGCAUGUCCUACUGGUGCUUUACGGUUCGGGCGCGUGUGUGCUGUGGGAUGUUCCGCUGGGCGAGGUCCUUGCUGCGGCGCCUGUUCCGGUUUGGAUGACGCCAAAGGUAGGCAAGCUCGGACUCGCGCAGGGCAUGCACGAAGGAGUGCUGGCGGCGGUGUUGUACUCGGAGCGGGGUCAUGUGGCAGUGCUCUCGCUCCCGACGCUGGAACAUGUUGUCUACUCGCAUGUUCAGCCGCCGGAUAUGGUGGCGGACGGUCCGUGGAAGGCGAUGGCCGGGCUAGCAGCGGCGACCGGCGGCGCGACCGACGUGAUGCUCUGGGCAAGCCAGCGCGCGGUGGUCGCCUUGCAGCACUCGCUUCUGGCGUCGAGUGGGGCGAGCGAGGGACAAAUGGGCCCGGUCAUGCUGGCAGAGCUGGAGAUUCCGGACGGCCUGGGGGAGAUAGUAGGGGUUGCCGCCGGGCCGCUGGGGCGGGCGCUGGUGGUGUGCUCAGGCGGAUGGCUGGUGGCCAGUGUCGGCGAGCUGGAGAUCCUUGCGCUGCAUCAUGCGCCAGCUGCCGCUUCUGGCUACGUAUACUCUGGCGGGCAGUGGGUUGACGAGAGCUCGGUGGUUGUUUUCCAGGUCGCAGGAGACGCGGUGGAGCUGACAUUGUUCUCGCUAGCGAGCUCGCCGCCGACGGUGGUUGCCGUCCUGUCGUCGACCGAGGACGUGCCGUCGUCGAUGGUGGCGGCCGAAGGCGAGCGCGCGCGAACGUUUGCGGUUGCGGUUGAUCCCGAGACCAUGCAGUUGGGGCUCGUUCUUGCGCCGGGCACGAACGGAUGCAGUGCGGGAUCAGGCCUGCCGCUUCUCCGGUGGUGGCCAGACGCGAGCGAAGCGAGCGUGUGUGUGACAAGCGCACUCGACACUGCUUACAACGAGUCUGUGCCGAACGGACGCAGCGAGAGCGAGCGCCGGCUGACGGCGAGCGCCGGGGGGUACGAGUACGGUGUGCCGGCGUAUGUGGCGUGGGGAUUUGACGAUGGCAGCCUAAGCCUAGACUCGAUGCCGCCGGCUCAGGCGAGCGGGACGGCGACGAUGCCAAACUCAGCGAGCCAUCCUGGAGCGGUGACUGCGCUCCUCGGCGUCGACUGCUCGGCUGACGUCGACAGUCUUGUGCUGCUCUCAGGAUGCAUCGACGGAGCUGUUCGGGUGUGGCAAGUCGACGUGGAUGGCCGGGAGCUAACGCUGGAGGUGACGUUGCGAGUCCAUAUCACGCCGGUGCUGCGGCUGGAAGAGCCACCACGGCACGCCGCAGCGUCGCUUGCUGUGGGCCGUGUUGCGGUCUCUGUUGCGCGCGAUGGUGCGGUGGCGGUAGUGGCUGUGGACAUGGCGACAGCACUGUUUGUGCUGCCUGCGCUAUCGUCAAGCGAUGUGGGUCUUGUCUGGCGGCCAUCGCUGGACACGCUUCUUGUCCACGACCGCGAAGCCGAGAUGGUGCAUGUGUGGCAGCUGAGCACCGGCUCGCGCGAGCGGAUGAUCGAGGGUCAGCUUGUGCCGCAUGUGCUUGCGGCGGCAACCAAGGAGAACUUUGCGGCAAGCGCGCGGAGCCAAGCUCCCGGCUCUGCCUUUGGUGACAAGUCCAACUUUCUGGCGCGGCUUGCGGGCCGCGGCAUGUUUGACUCGCAAGUGUUUGCGUCAUGGAGCAGACUGCGGGGCGUCGGCGCGGUGAGUCUCUUUGUCCGAGUCCGAAUGAUCAUCCACGCGUUCCGGACCGGAAUCAGCGAACUGGCGGCGAUGGAGAGCGAGCCCGAGAUGCACAUCGAGGUGCCGAGGGCGCUGGUGGAACGUGCGGUGGGUCGGCUGGCGGCACUGGCGCGGGUGCUUGUCCUUAGUCUCUCGCCGCACAUGAGCUCGUCACCGCUGUUGAGUGACGAUGGGUUGGGCGAGGGGCAGAGCCCGCGCGGGAGCGGACUGGCGCGGUUUGGACGAGUGCCACAGCUGGUAGGCGGCGAGCAGUGCGAGCGGGUAAGUGCUGGGCCAGCACACGCGCUGCUGCCAGCUCUGACGGUGCGGCGCAGCGGAUGGCCGUGGCGAGCGUCGGGCGAGUUUACGGCGCGUGCGGCAGUAACCUCGGCGGCGGUGCUGCGGGCGUUCAAGUGGACGACAACCGUGGUCGAGGGUGGCGUUGUGGCCGGGCGUGUGCGGCGUCGGGUUCGGGCCAUGGUCGAGUACGUGACCGAGGUUCUUCCGCGCGAGCUGAGCCAGUACGCCAUGCCGGAGCUCGCGGUUCUUGCAGCGUUUUACCAGGACGUCAAUCUGGACGUGCAGCGUGCGGGGCGGCGGGUGAUUUCUUCAGCGCUGCUGCGGACAAACGAGAGUGAGGUGGGCGAGCUUGUGGCUAGUGCGCUGGCGACGUUUGAAGGGCGGGCGGCAACUGAGCCGCGAUGGAUCUCAGCAGUGUUCAUGCUCGGUAUUCUGGGCACCCUCUAUCCAUCGCUGCUUGACGGGGCGAGUGCGUGUGCAGUGACCACGGGCCUGGAGGAACUGGCGUCGUCGGGCCCGUUGCUGUUCCGAACGACCGCAGUGUCUCUGCUCGGCGCGGUGAUGCUCCCGUGGGAGCGGUUUGUCAAGGCCGGAGAGGUGGUGCGGCUGACAACGCGGGCACUGCAGGCAGCGUCAACCGGAUCGCGGUACCAGCAGGCGUGCGUGGAGACAUUGAUGCAGGUGUCUGUGCAGGUGCCGGACGAGUUUGUGGUGACACUCCAGCGGGCGGUGCUCAGCGCAGGUGAGGACGGUGGGGAGAGUGGCCCCUACCGGGUCCUGUGCGUUCAGCUGCUGGCCCGGGCAGUCUACGGCUCGGCGUCGGUCUUUGAGCCGUGGGCCGGAGCGCUGGUGGCCAUGAUCAUGUCGCUCGUCUCGGGCACGCGGUCACUGCAGCACAAGUCGCUCCUUGCCGAGUGCACGCAGCUCCUGAGGGUCCUUAUCCACAUAUACCCACAUGUCGACGCUGAUGCAGCGUCGGACAGGGUGGUAGCGCCGUCACCGGAGAGCCCGCGAGUGAUGCGGGUGUACGCGGCGCAGACCGGGGCCAAGAUCGUCGACGUAGUCGACCACGACGGACCCGUGACCGCUGUCAAGUUCCGGCCCGGCACUAGCGGCCGCAUGCUCGUCACGCUGGUCAUUUCCACCGGACGGCUGCGGAUCAUGGAGGAGGUUGCGCCGUUGUUUGGAGGCAAAAAGGCCAAGAUCCGCACUGGCUUUCUCCUUGAAGCUGCCGGAGUCGACUUUGCCCGCACUGUUCCUGUCAACGAGAUCCUUCAGGCUGUCCGUCUUGGAUGGAGCAGCGGCGGGAACGCAAUUGUGGUCAAGGCCUUGCGCGGCGUAGAGCAAGCCUUUGAUCUUCCAGCGCAUCUUGUCGGAUAG